AAAUGUGUAUGUGAUGCGCGGGUCGUGUUCGCCUGAGCCGGCUACCGGCACAUAUCUGUGUACUCUCUAGUGCUGAACGAAGAGCGUGUGUAGUUCGCGGUAUUAUUAAGGUGACUUGAACUGUCACGCACGAGACUACACCCGGCCUAAUAAUGUCAAACCGAGCAUGGGUGACGCUAGCUACAAACGAUUCCUAUGGUCUUGGGGCUCUGGUUCUGGCGCAUUCUUUGCGUCGGGCGUCCUCCUCUUACCCAGCAGUCGUGCUGAUUACACCCUCGGUCACUGAGCCCAUGAGGGAGCGUCUCCGUGCAGUAUUCGCUGAAGUAAUCCUAGUGGACGUUUUGGAUUCCAAGGAUGCAGCUCAUCUCGCCUUGCUGCAGCGGCCGGAACUGGGCAUCACAUUUACCAAAAUACAUUGUUGGAAUCUCACGCAGUAUGAGAAAUGUGUCUUCCUUGAUGCCGAUACACUGAUCGUUCAGAACUGUGAUGAGUUAUUUGAACGCGAGGAGUUGUCCGCGGCUCCCGACGUCGGCUGGCCCGACUGUUUCAAUUCGGGAGUUUUUGUAUUCAAACCUUCCGCCGAUACAUUCAGCAAACUCGUCACAUUUGCAUCCGAAAGGGGCAGUUUUGAUGGUGGUGACCAGGGUCUCUUGAAUUCCUACUUCUCGGAUUGGGCCCGUGGUGACAUUAACAAGCAUUUGCCCUUUCUGUACAAUGUGACAUCUGCUGCCUUUUACUCCUAUAUCCCAGCCUUAAAACAUUACGGCCAAAAUUUAAAAAUUAUCCAUUUCAUCGGCGCCGCUAAACCGUGGCUCCAGCAUUUCAACUGGCAGUCUCGGUCAGUCGAGGCUCCCGAACAUUUACGAGGUUUCUUGCAACUAUGGUGGGACCUCUUUGUUGCACAAGUUCAUUCACAGCUAGACACACAAAUGACUGGUGUAGCAGGUAACCUGGCUAAAGUAGUGCCGGGUGAACCGCAGCAACAAGAGGCAGUCGAUGAGCUUACGAGGCGACAGGGCUGGGAAGCCGGCAAUAUUGAUUAUAUGGGUGCUGACUCCUUUGACAAUAUCUGGGCGAAAAUAUCGCAAACACUAAGUCAACCACCAAGCUCUCCGCCCCGACAACCUUCUCCAUCUAAUGACCAGUCUGUUCAACCUAGCGAAGAUCGUGCUGUCGCAAUAGGAGAAGCAAAAGAGGCCGUGGUAGCACCGGUUGAAUCAAAACCCGAAGAACCAGUCAAAGGUAGUAUACCGUCAGACGCAUCCUCUGAAACACCCGUUGCAGUAGAGGCACCAGUCAUGGCAUCCGAAGUAGAUGCCUCUACUGCUUCUACUGAAACUGUAGAAAAUGUUGUGUCACUGGACGCUGCAGAAACUGUCGCGCCUACUGAGACAAGUGAAAGCGUUCCCCCUCCAGAAGCACCUGCAUGUGUUUCCCUUCCCGUGGCAUCUGAUUGUGUUUCCUCGCCUGAAGUUCCAGCAACUGUUGAUGCAACAGAACCUGUUGUACAGAUUGAAGCUGAAGCAACAGAAAGUGUUUCCCCUCCCGAAGCAUCAAAACCUGUUGCACAGAUUGAAGCAACAGAAAGUGUUUCCCCUCCCGAAGCAUCAGAGCAUGUUGCACAGAUUGAAGCAACAGAAAGUGUUUCCCCUCCCGAAGCAUCAGAGCAUGUUGCACAGAUUGAAGCAACCUGUGUUUCCUCACCCCAACCAUCGGAAAAUAUUCCAAUAGUUGAAUCAAAAGAAACUGUGGCACCACCUGUCGCAGACGUAAACGUUGCUUCGACUGAAGUCUUAGAAAAUGUUUCUGCGCCUGCAACCCCUGUUGCUCCGGCUGAAUCGAUCGAUAGUUUGACUGUUCCUGAACCACCUGCACCUGCAACUGAAAAUAAAGAUGAUGUUGUCCCUGAAACUUCACCAGCAGCAGCGUCAAUUGAAGAGCCUGUCGUAGAUGUCCCAGUUCCAGCGAGUGAAGCCGCCGAAUCUCCAGGUAAACAAGAAGAUCCUAUUCCUGUUCCAGCCGAGAUUGCUGCUAUACCAAAAAGCAUGCCAGACGAAUCCCAAACGGAGAUGGAGCCAUCAGGUGACAUCCCAGUGACUGCUGAAGAAGCAAUAAAAAUUGACAUUGCAUGCGUCCCUAAAUCUAGUGAAAUGCCAGCAGUGGAUGAGCAAUCAGAUUCUCCUUUAAAUAAAUCAUUGGCAACCAAUGAACAAUCCUCAGACAAAAAGGAAGUGGCCUCUGACAGUCCUCCUCUGGCCAAUACCCCUUCCAAAGAAGAAAUACCUAGUCCGCCAGCUGCCAAAACGGAGGAGCGUCGCAAGCCGUUGGGGAAACUGUCGCUGCCGCCCGCGGCUUGUGACACGCUGCCAACACCUGACAGCGAGCUAGAGGACGCGGCCUCGCUUGCACACGCCAUCAUCGCCGGUGAACUGCGCACGCCUACUGUCACUUCCCCCUCACCUCCCGUCAUAUCUUCUUCACCUCAAACACAACCCUCACAAACACAAGCCCGCAGUCUAUCCAUCGACCAGCCCGAAGCACCAACUCCUCCCCUUGAUUCCCCCCUAUCAUUAUCUCAGAUCGGCGUCAAAUCAAAACCCACCAUCGCAUCUCAAAUAGAAACCUCGGUUUCUAAGACCGAAUCGGCCCCGACUUCCGAGGUGUCCGAAGCACCUAAACCGAAGUCAGACGCUCCCAAAAAGAAAAUAGUGAAGAAAGUGGUGAAGAAGGUGGAAAAGGAAGGCGGUGCUAGUGGUGACGCGCCAGUCCCCGUCCCGCCGCCGCGGAAAAAGGAAAAGAAACCCAAGGAGAAAUAAGACUCCUACCCUCUACCAAAACAGUUCCUCUGUGCCAUUAUAGCAGCCUCGCCUUUGUUUAUUAUUACUUCGCUUUCGUAUUCGUGUAAUCGUUUUAUAUUUUAUACAGAUAAUGUAAUACUCAAUAACGUCCAUUAUUAAAUUAAUUGUAAGCUAUGUAAUUUUAUAUUACAUUUAAUAUCGAAGUCGUUUAAAAAAAUAUAUAUUGUAUACCAGAUUUUAAUAAAUUGAUCUUAUUUAUUCUACCAAAGCAUGACACAUAUUUAUUAACGUGUUGAAUAUAAAAUAUUUGUAUUAAAGUAUAUUUUCCA